GCGGCGGCUGCCGCGAGCGCCGGCCGGGGCGGAGUGGGUCUCCAGCGCGCUACCCGGCCCGGGCCAGGACCCCCGCUGCUCUCUCUUAAGGCUUGUCGCCGCGGCCCCUCGAGCCCGGCCGCCGCCGCCAGCGGCGCCGGGGCGGGCCCCACAGUGAGCCCACCAGGAAGCGAUGAGGACACAGAAGCUUGUAAAGAUAAAGUGACUGAUACAGGGUCACGCACGGGGCCGGCUGCAGAGGCACCGACAUGGGGCUGAAGCUGACCUGCCUGAAAGGCCUAAAAAUGUGUGUCAGCAGCAGCCAUGAUGAGGCCCCCGUCCUGAGCGACAAGCACCUGGAUGUGCCCAACAUCAUCAUCACCCCGCCGACCCCCACGGGCGUGAUCCUGCCGAGGGACUCCCGGAGGGCAGUCUGGCUGGAGGAGACGGGGUCGUGCCCGGAGGAUGGAGAAACAGACCCUGAGGCCUGAGGAGAAGGCACGCGUGGGUCGGGGAUUUGCCUGCACUGGCUCCUGCUCUGGCUGCCCUUCGCUUGGCGUGUCCCGGGGUGCCUGGGACAGAUGUGCUGAGAACGCUGGCUGGGAAGACAGAGCGAUUCUGGUGCUGGACCAGCAGAGGCGUGGUGAGAGGAGAGAGGAAUCGGCCCUGGCCUCGUCCAGAACGACAUUUCCCAGCCCCCGUUGCGUGGACCGGACCUCUGAUGCCUACAUAUUCUUGCCGACCCCGGGGCCCAGUGAUGCCAUCAGGGUACCAGGGAGAGGCUUUCUUCUAGACGGACUCCCAGCGGCCUGGGCCAUGCAGACGGGUGCCCAGGAGGUCCGCACAUACAAGGACUUCUUGCAAAGGACUGGCUUCAUUUUUUACAAGUUGUCUUACAGACAUUGAAACAGUCCAAAAAGUGAUUUAUAAUUUCUUUUUUGCACUGUAAGUAAAGAUCCCAUGUAACGAGCAGUGGACCCUGCUUCUUGGGCGGGCAGAGAAGGUGGUGCACACCGGGGUACACAGGUAGGCUUCAGAGAAUCACUUAUCAUGGAGGGGCUGGUCCGGCUGGUGAUGGGUCUUUGGAUGGUCUUGGUCCCUUGAUUUGCAGAGUGUCCUGUGCCUCCUCAUUCUGUGGCCAGCAGCUACCAGAGUGCGUUCUUGUGACAGACGCACAGAGCACAAGCCAGGCCGUGCGAGAGCAUUCUCAGCUUCGGCGCGUGGGCCAAGCAAGUCACACGGCCAAACGCCACAUGGGUGAGCUGGACGGUCCCAUGGCACAGGAAGGGAUGGACAUGUCUAUUAAAGGGAGGGAGAGACGGGCUGGGAAUAAUAAUCCAGUCUCCCGGCGUAGACACUAUUAUUAUCCCCAUUUUACAGAUGGGGCACUUGAGGAACCUAGAGGCUUAGAUCCCUUGCCCAAGGCCAUCAGAUAGUAAGAAUUUGAACCCAGACCCCAUACUCUUUUCUUUUUUAAUAUAAAUUUAUUUAUUUAUUUA